AUGCGGCCCGACCUGAGCAAAAUGAAAUUCCUGAUCGCCCUCGCCUUGGUGGCAGCCGUCAGCGCUGACGUUUCCCACCUGUUCUCCAGCAGUGAUAAUCGCCAAGCGGAUGGAUACCACUAUCAGCCACCAAGUCAGCCGUUCGUCAUCGAUGUGCCCCAGGUCUACCAAAAGCAAAAUAAGGUGAUCUACGAACAGCCCGCUCAAGUGGUCGUCCAAAAGCAAAAUGAGGUGAUCUACGAACAGCAACCUCAGGUGGUGUACCAAAAGCAAAAAGAGGUGAUCUACGAACAGCCCGCUCCAGUGGUAGUCCAAAAGCAAAAUAAGGUGAUCUACGAACAGCAACCUCAAGUAACCUAUGAGAAGAAAACUCAAGUAAUCUACGAGCAGCCCGCUCCAGCGGUCUACCAAAAGCCAAUUUCAAAUACUCCUGCCGGCAUCCUAAAGGACGAUGGAUACGUAUAUGAAAAGCCUACAAUCGAUUUCGAGCCUGUGCGGCCAAUCAAUAAGGUUGUGAUCCCACCUAAGCCCGUAAACAAUUAUCUGCCUCCUAAGCCGAUUGUGCAGCCAAUCUACAAGCCAACCCCUAAGGUCAUCAUCCAGCCUGUGCCCACUAUUAAGCCUGUGGUGCCAAUCUACAAGCCAACCCCUAAGGUCAUUAUUCAGCCUGUGCCCACUAUUAAGCCUGUGGUGCCAAUCUACAAGCCAACCCCAAAGGUUGUGAUCCCAGCUAAGCCCGGUAUCGACUAUCUGCCCCCUAAGAAGAUUGUGGAGCCAAUCUACAAGCCAACCCCUAAGGUCAUCAUCCAGCCUGUGCCCACUAUUAAGCCUGUGGUGCCAAUCUACAAGCCAACCCCUAAGAUUGUGAUUAAACCUAAGCCCGACUACCUGCCGCCUGUCGGCUAUACCUACCCCAACAAUCCUCAGCCAUCUUUCGAAUAUUAAGGAACACCUAUUGUAAUUAGUUUCCUCCUCUAGUAUUAGAUCUUGCAUACGAAUUCCUGAUGAGAAAAUGAAUUGAAAAUCGAAACAUUAAUAAAAAUGAUAAUGAAAAA